AUGGAGCAAUUCAUCGAGGCCAUACAUAUGGUACAGAACGGUCAUGUUCCCCCAUCAUCACUGAAACCAUAUGGAUGGCCUUACCGACCUGAAGAUGAGGUGUGCUCAGUCCAUACACAAACAGUCUCUCAUAGCCCAGAAGACCGCUCCCCGGCCAAAGAGGAGGACACUUCCUCAGAAGUCUCUAUUAACGAUAUUUGUAUUGGCCCCACGGCUGCUGCUGCUGACAACAGUCUCGAUAGUUCCUCUUCUGAAAAUGAGGGAGAGUCCAGUAUGAGCGGUACUGAAACACUUGCUGACCUCGACCCUGCUCUUGAAUUUAACUGGUUCGUGACCACUAGUCAUUUUGGUGUGGGGCUAUACAGUGAAAUAUCUACCACCUGGACGCUUCAUGCCCCAUGCACAACUGUCCAUUACUUCACCACACUCCAUGAAGCUAAGGAGUAUUUCAGGCUUGCUUUGGCGGUGUGGUGUGGUGAGACGGUCUAA